AAGGUGAAGUAUGUGUGAAUUGGAGUUUGACGUUUCCUGGGCUUAAUCUCAAGAUUAAUUUUCAGAUGUUUCUCAAAAAUACAUUUGUGUAAUAACGUUACUAUCUACGUCAUUUAACAUGGCAUGCUAAGUGAAUAAUAACGACGUGGGCGCAAUACAGGAUGGUACUGACAACAUUGCGCUGUGCAAAAGCGCUGCAGCUCACCCUGGCAGUCAUCAAACCAGAUGCUGUCGCUCAUCCCUUGAUACUGGAGGCUCUCCAUCAAAAAAUCUUGGAGAACAAAUUCAUUAUUGUCAGGUCAAAAGAUCUUAUAUGGCAAAGACAGGACUCUGAGCGAUUUUAUGCUGAACAUAAAGGACGAUUUUUCUACCAAAGGCUGGUUGAGUUUAUGUCAAGUGGCCCAAUGCGGGCCUAUAUCCUGGCCCGGGAAAAUGCCAUCUCGCAGUGGAGGGAGCUAAUGGGCCCCACCAAAGUGUUCCGAGCCCGUUACAUCGCCCCUGGCACGAUCCGAGCCCUCUACGGGCUGACCGACACCAGGAACACCACCCAUGGAUCAGACUCAGUGGAGUCCGCCCAGAGGGAGAUUGCCUUCUUCUUCCCAGAGUUCUCUGUGGAGGAGUGGAUGAAGCAGACUGAGCCUUCCUUCAGGAAAGGGCAUGUGGAAUAUGACCAACAGAGACGAAUACAUACCCUGCCAGGAGAGCACUAACAGAAGUGCAGGCCCUCUGGAACCUGAUCUACUGCACUGUUCAUAGAGGAGUCCACCCGGAGACAGAUCCACAGCACUGAAGAUAAAGGAAUCCCACCAGAGACAGGUCCACAGCACUGAACAUAGAGGAAUCCCACCAGAGACAGGUCCACAGCACUGAACAUAGAGGAUUCCCACCAGAGACAGACCCACAGAGCUAACAGAGAAGUUUGAUGAGAGUCAAAUUAGAUUAAAGCAACCAAAUCAGUGUGAAUCCGGUGUAUGUGUGUGUCUCAGUUUAGUGCCCAGAUGACUCCUUACACAGUCAAGGCAAUCGCCAAAGGAAAAUCCUUUACCAUUUAGUUUAUUUAACAGGUCAGUGUGAAGGCAAUUCCACAACAAAGAGGUAUAUGGAGAGAAAACAGGAAUUACUGUUUUAUUUCUAAACUGCAAGCAAUCUUGUCGAGAAGUGCCAGUUUCAUAAAUGGCAGUUGAUGAUCAGAGGUAUGAUAAAAUAUUAUAUUUUGUGAAAUAUAUUGUGAAAAGAGCUGUAAAUAUACACACAGCAAGCUGUUGAAGCUGUGAACCUCUGUAGUCUUCCUCAGGUGAAAUUUUCCAUUCCCUCUUUGUACUUCUCAGAUCAGAGAUUGAGUUUUUCAGGAGAGGAGGCCUUUAAUAAAUGCCUUUGACAACACAGUGACAAAGUGAACAAAAGCUGGUGUGGGGAUACCAGCUCAAAAAAGGGUCAGACUUAAAAAGUCAUGUUUAAAAGCCAAAC